CUGCUUCCGGUACGCCACCUUUGCCCUGGAUGGUGGGAGCCGCAUCUGCCGGCAACCGGGAACAUGGGCGACCCGCCUGCGGACGUGCGCGCCUUCCUGCACCAGCAUCCGAGCCUGCGGCUGCUGCCCGACACCAAUAGGGUGCGCUGCUCCCUCACUGGCCACGAGCUGCCCUGCCGCCUGCCUGAGCUGCAGCUGUACACUCGCGGCAAGAAGUACCAGCGGCUCGUGCGCGCCUCCCCGGCCUUCGACUAUGCCGAGUUCGAGCCGCACAUCCUGCCCAGUACCAAACACCCGCACCAGUUGUUCUGCAAACUUACCCUGCGGCACAUCAACAAGUCCCCAGAGCAUGUGCUGAGGCAUACCCAGGGCAAGAGGUUCCAGAGGGCGCUUCGUAAAUAUGAAGAGUGUAAAAAACAAGGUGUGGAGUAUGUCCCUGCCUGUCUGCUGCACAGGAAGAGGAAGAGGGAAGACGAGAGAGACAAAGAUGAACCAUCUGGCCAGAGACCAGCUUUCUGGGAGCCAACAUCCAGUGAUGAGGAAGUCCUGAGUGAUGACAGCAUGACAGACCUGUACCCGCCUGAGCUGUUCACCGAAAAGGACCUAAGAAGGCCAGAGAGUGAGGAUGAGGACAAUUUUCAGACAGAACAAGAGGAGAAGCCAAGGCCUCCAGAAGAGAAUAUCACUGAGGAGAGGAGAGAAGCAGAAAUGGACCACAAGCAGGGUCAUAAACGCAGCAAGAAGCAGCUCAGCUCAUUGACCAAGAAGUUCAAGCGCCACCACCACAAACCCAAGAGUUUCAGCUCCUUCAAGCAGUCAGGGUAAUGAAGACUGCCAAGAAAGUCUUUGAGUGUCCUUGGAACUGUCCAUGUGGGGCUGGGGUGGGAUCUCUUUAGCAGGUGGUAGCAGCGCAGACCUCCGAGGGAGACCACUCCCCAUGCACAGUUUCUCUGAUCUUCAGUGACAGCAGUUGACAGCAUCCCAGGAGCUUGGCUCGUCACCACCAUAGGAUCACACUGCAUACCACAAAUGCCAUUAUUUAUUUUGAUGUUUCCAAAAAUCAAAACAUUUUCAAACACAACUAAGAUAUAAAAUACAGCAUAAAAAUGAGAUUUAUACCUAUUCCCACAUAAAGCAAAAGCAUUUUCAGAAAUUUUGUCAAA